AUGGCUAUCGAACCCGAUCGGGAGGGAAGUGAGGUGACCAACCCCGUCAAGCGGAUACGAUGGGCGACACACCGCGCAACAGGCACCAAAGCAGACAUCAAGCGUCAUUCAUUAGCUGAGCGCUUGCACAGGCGGAUCGGGUCCGGCGAACGGAAGAGAGACUCUCUGGGAAAAGAGACUGUCGAUGGCACAAACUCUGAAGUGGAGAGCGACACGGCUGACACCGGUCGCCGUGUCUAUUUCAACGUGCCGCUUCCUGAUAGCGAACGCGAUCCGACCGACAACACGCCAAAGGCACAGUAUGCGCGCAACAAGAUACGGACGGCCAAGUACACGCCCUUGAGCUUCAUACCCAAGAACUUGUACUUCCAGUUCCAUAACGUUGCAAACAUGUACUUUUUGUUCAUCAUUAUUCUUGGUAUCUUCCCCAUAUUCGGUGCCUCGAACCCGGCCCUGAAUGCCGCCCCUCUCAUCGUCAUUCUGUCAGUCACUGCGUUUAAAGAUGCACUUGAAGAUUGGAGAAGAACGGUGCUCGACAAUGAACUCAACAACGCUCCCGUGCACAGGCUGGUGGACUUCAAUAAUGUAAACACUGCCGAGGAUUCUGUGUCCUGGUGGCGGAGAUUCAAGAAGGCCGUCUCCAGGGCGAUCGUGACGAUCUGGCGGCUGAUGAGGCAAAGGAAGGCCAAGGGCAAAGACUUCAAGGAGCGUAUCGAGGAGGAAUCGAGGCCUUCCAUUGACACGCACCGUGCUUCGGUACUCUCCAGACAGUCUUCGUACUUCGGCACCGAUCAUGCGAACCACGACGGAGAGGGCAUCCUGAUGACACCCGUACCGUCUCCCUUACCCGGCCAGACUCCACCGACCGAUGCGCUUAACGUGGGAGGUUCCACGCAUGUCAAAGAAGGCGAUCGCGCGGGAGCUGGGCCCGUUCCGGCAAAGGACUAUGGAAGCGUGAUAAACCCAUAUAAACAAACGCCUGGAAAGGCCCGUUUCAAGAAAGAUGCUUGGAAGAACGUCCAAGUAGGCGAUUUUGUGCGCUUGUACAACGACGAGGAAGUGCCGGCAGACAUCAUUGUGCUUUCCACCUCCUCUGACGAUGGUGCAUGUUAUGUCGAGACCAAGAAUCUGGACGGAGAGACCAAUCUCAAGGUCCGGAACGCUCUGCACUGCACUCGUGAAGUCAAGCACGCUCGCCACUGUGAAAAGGCCGAGUUCAUGGUCGAUAGUGAAGGGCCCCAUUCCAAUCUCUAUUCCUACGUCGGUACCAUCCGCUGGAAACAGUACAGCAGGAGGGAUCCUGAUGCGCCUCCUACCGAAAGAGCCGAGCCCAUAUCAAUCAACAACAUGCUGCUUCGUGGCAACCAGCUCCGGAACACUGAGUGGGUAUUGGGCGUCGUCAUGUUUACCGGAGACGAGACCAAGAUCAUGAUCAACUCGGGCAUCACACCAAGCAAGCGAGCCAAGAUCAGCAAGCAACUCAACUGGAACGUCAUCUACAAUUUCAUUGUCCUCUUCGGCAUGUGUCUUGUCUCCGGCAUUGUCCUUGGCGUCUUCUGGGCAAAGGACGAUACAUCGCAUGCUUAUUUCGAGUUCGGGUCUUAUGGAAACGGCAGCGCGGCCGUAGAUGGCAUAAUCGGCUUCUGGGCUGCUGUCAUCCUGUUCCAAAAUUUGGUACCAGUCUCGCUAUACAUCACACUGGAGAUCAUCCGGACCCUGCAGGCCUUUUUCAUCUACAGUGAUGUGGAGAUGUAUUACGAGCCGAUUGACUAUCCGUGCACACCCAAAUCUUGGAAUAUAUCCGAUGAUGUUGGUCAAAUCGAAUACAUCUUCUCCGACAAGACGGGGACUCUAACGCAAAACGUCAUGGAAUUCAAGAAGUGUACUGUCAACGGGGUGCCCUAUGGCGAAGCCUACACAGAGGCCCAGGCAGGUAUGCAACGCCGCGCAGGCAUUGAUGUUGAGAAAGAAGGUCGCCGUGCACGCGAACAGAUUGCGCGUGACCGUGAGAGAAUGUUGGAGAGCAUCAGAAAGAUGCACGACAAUCCUUACCUACGAGACGAGGACCUCACCUUUGUCGCUCCUGAUUACAUCGCCGACCUCAUUGGAGACUCUGGACCUGAGCAGAAGAGCGCCAAUGAGCGGUUCAUGCUAGCAUUGGCGCUCUGCCACACGGUGAUUACAGAAAAGACGCCAGGGGAUCCCCCUCGGAUCGAGUUCAAGGCGCAGUCACCCGACGAAGCUGCUCUUGUGGCCACGGCUCGCGACGUCGGCUUCACUUUGAUUGGUCGUGAGGACGAUAAACUUGUCCUCAAUGUCCUGGGCGAGGAACGUCGAUACCAAGUCCUUAACACCCUGGAGUUCAAUUCGUCCCGGAAGCGUAUGAGCGCUAUCAUCAGAAUGCCUGACGGGAAGAUCAUGUUGUUCUGCAAGGGAGCGGACAGCAUGAUCUAUUCGAGAUUGAUUGCAAAUGAACAGAGGGAGCUCCGUACCACUACUGCUGAGCACCUAGAGAUGUUUGCUCGAGAAGGCUUACGGACUCUUUGCAUCGCACAAAGGGAACUUUCCGAAAGCGAAUAUCAAGAGUGGAGCCAAGCGUACGAUGAGGCCGUAAAUGCUGUCAGUGGCCGCGAGGAGAAGUUGGAGGAGGUUUCGGAUUAUAUCGAAAACGAAUUAUGGCUUCUUGGAGGAACGGCCAUCGAGGACAGGCUUCAGGAUGGUGUCCCCGACGCCAUUUCUCUCCUUGGUAAAGCUGGCAUCAAGUUGUGGGUGCUGACCGGAGACAAGGUCGAAACCGCUAUCAACAUUGGCUUCUCAUGCAAUCUCCUUGAUAACGACAUGGAUUUGAUCAUCUUGACAGCUAAGGACGGCGACGUGGCCGCUGCGGAAGCGAUGCUCGACGAAAAGCUGGCUAUUUUCGGGAUGACCGGAUCGGAAGAGGAGCUCGCUGCUGCACAACACAACCACGAGCCUCCUGCCCCAACCCAUGCCAUCAUUAUUGACGGAGACUCCCUCAAGGUCGUGCUGGAGGAUGCUAUCAAGCGGAAAUUCCUUCUCCUGUGCAAGCAAUGUCGAUCAGUCCUCUGCUGCCGCGUCAGCCCAUCUCAGAAAGCAGCGGUUGUCAAUUUGGUGAAGACAGGGCUCGAUUGUCUCACACUUUCCAUUGGCGAUGGUGCAAAUGAUGUUGCCAUGAUUCAGGAAGCUCAUGUUGGUGUGGGCAUUGCCGGCGUUGAGGGCCGUGCUGCGGUGAUGGCUUCGGAUUACGCCAUUGGCCAGUUCCGGUUUCUUACACGCCUAGUUCUGGUUCAUGGGCGCUGGUCUUAUAGGAGGCUUGCGGAAACCAUUGCCAACUUCUUCUACAAGAACAUCGUCUGGACUUUUUCACUAUUCUGGUAUCAGAUAUACACCAACUUCGACAGCCAGUACAUCUUCGAUUACAGCUACAUUGUCUUCUUCAAUCUUGCAUUUACCUCGCUGCCGGUCAUUCUCAUGGGAGUUCUGGAUCAGGACGUCAGCGAUAAGGUCUCUCUGGCUGUGCCUCAGCUCUACCGUCGCGGUAUCGAGCGAAAGGAGUGGACGCAGUUGAAGUUCUGGGCAUACAUGGUCGACGGUGUAUAUCAAUCCGCUAUAGCAUUCUACAUGGUGUACCAGCUAUUCGCACCCGCGACCUUCAAUAUUGCCAACGGUCUCGGAAUCGAUGAAUUGAAGAGAAUGGGUAUAUUCAUUGCCACCAUCGCGGUUUGCGCCGCCAACAUCUAUGUCUUGUUCAACACAUACCGUUGGGAUUGGCUAAUGGUGCUCAUCGUGGUCAUCAGCACCCUGUUUAUCUGGUUCUGGACAGGCGUCUAUACGGCGAGCAUUGCCAGUUACCAGUUUUACAACGCCGCUGCCGAGGUGUACGGAUCCCUGCCGUUCUGGGCUGUCCUUCUGGUUGCGGUUGUUAUAUGUUUACUUCCGCGGUUUUUGGCAAAGUCUUUUCAGAAGAUCUACAUGCCUCGCGAUGUCGACAUCAUCCGGGAGCAAGUCAAACAGGGCAAGUACGAUUAUCUCGACCAUGUGGAAUCGUACAUCCCACCACCCCCUGAGAAGGUGGAGUCUAUGAGCUCCUCGGACGUUAAGUACAAAGGAGCCGAUAUCCAGCCAGGAGAUGACGAUAUGAGACCGAUUUACCCUCCAUCUGUUGCGCCGACAGCCGGAACACACAACCACAGGAGCCAGAACGGAAGUAACAGUACGGAUUACACGUUCCGUCGCUCCUUUGAAGGCCUGCCACCAGCUCAGCGUAUGUCGUUAGGCGAUCGACCACGUCCGUCAUUCGACCGGGCACGAUUCUCCAUGGAUCGCGUCAGAGCCAGCUUUGAGGCUAGCAACGACUUCACGUCUGCGGCCAUGCUUAGCAGAAUGGAGAGCCGACACAGUAGGCACAGUGUCGGUGCUUCGCCCUCCGCAGAACCGGCGGAAGGACAGCAUGGCCGCCAAACGAUGAGCAAGCUCCGCAACGUGUUCCGAAGGCCCACAGUCACCCGCGAAGAACCCCCGGAUUUCGAUCAGGAUACACCUCCACUUCCUCGUAGCCCUCCUAGGAGUCCUCCUCGGUGA